CACAAUGACGUUUACAACUGCCCGGGCUAGUUAUCGGCAAAUUAAUAAGCUUAUUAUUUACUACCGCAACCGACAUUUUUGCAAAAGUAAAACAAUAGCAAGACAGGAAAUGCCAAUUAAAGCAGCUUUAAUUGAUUUAAGUGGAACAUUGCAUGUCGAAGAUCAACCCACACCAGAUGCUGUCAAUGCUUUGAAAAGAUUGCGGGAAACAGGAAUACUUAUAAAAUUUGUUACUAACACUACCAAGGAAUCAAGGCAGACCCUAUUGAACCGCUUAAGGGAUAUAGGAUUCCAGUUGGAGAAGGAAGAAAUACACAGCUCUCUGAGUGCAGCUGUAGAGUUUGUCAAGAAGGAACAAUUGAAUCCUUUUUACCUGGUUAGCAAAGAUGCAAGAACCGAUUUUCCACCAAAUGAUGAGCGAAAGCCCAUGGAUUCCGUUGUUGUAGGUUUAGCUCCUGAUGAGUUUUAUUAUGAGAAUCUAAACAAGGCCUUCAACAUUUUACUUAGCAACAAAGAUCACAAACUUAUUGCCAUUCAUGAGGGCAAGUAUUAUAAAAGAAAAGAUGGCUUGGCUUUGGGCCCUGGAUGUUUUGUGAAAGGCCUAGAAUACUCGGCCGGAGUCAGCUCAAUUUUGAUAGGUAAACCUAAUGAGUAUUUCUUCAAAAGUGCACUUACUGGGCAGGAUAUUGGUGUAGAGGAUUGUGUCAUGAUAGGAGAUGACACCAAGGACGACAUAAUGGGGGCUAUGAAGGUUGGCCUCAAAGGUAUUCAAGUAAAAACUGGUAAAUAUUUACCUGAUGUAGUUGCUGAACCACCACCCACAGUUAUGGUAGAGAACUUUUCGGAGGCUGUCAACUGGAUUUUAGAAAAUAAAUAAUUAGUGUUAUACACUUAGUUAUAUGUGAUUCAUUUAAAAAGUAUUGAAUGGAAUAAUAAAUGUUGGUUUAUGAUCAUUA